CUUUUCGAAAUCGGUCAGUGAUUGAUUCGGUCCUAGUAGAAUGAACGAUUGACACAACACUACUGGUGACUUGUAUUAGUAAACUUUUGUUUUUUCAUGUGCAUGUGUGUCUUUAUAACAGAGCCUGGAAUACGCGAAUGAUCAUGGCAAUUUGCCUUACGCCCUGCAAAGAAUGAGUAGACUAAUGCUUUGAUGUAUUUAUUACUAUUCUAUGCUUGUUUAUAUUUUUAUUGUGUUAUUUUUGAUGCCAUGAAGUUUUGUGGUUAUUUAUUACACGAAGCAACACGAACAAAUUGCCGUGCAAUAGUUCUCCAAAUUUAUAAAUGAAACUGAGCAAAAUGAAGCGGAAACGUAGGGAAACGUGCCCGUCCCCUAUACUCGAGGAGGUACCCAAAAGGCCAAAGGUGCAGGCGCAACGAAAGUUUGCCCAAGGGUCCAAUGUAAACAGCCCUGUAAUAACUCCCAUACGCGACAUUGAGGCGGCCGAUUUACUGCCUCGCACCAGCAUGCCCGAGCCCGUUGAGCUGUUGCCUAUGAAGAGACCAAACACAGAAGAUUUUUUAACUUUUUUGUGUUUUCGCGGCACCCCAAUACUACCGCCCAACCUCAACUUUUUCAACACGGCGUCGAUAGUCGCGGACGGACAAGUGCACGAGAUUAAGGGUGAGUCUCCUAAGAACGGGCCAAUAGAUAUAACAAAAUGCGCGGGAAGCUCGUCCGAAAAACCAUUUAUAGCCUUCGGGGUAAGAAAAAGGGCCGACCCUAUCGUGAUAAGCAGACAGAUGGACAGAAAAAGAAGGCACGCGUUAGCGUUGCAGGCACUCAGAAGGAAAUAUCAGGAGCAGAAAAUGGCUAAAAUUCGAGCUCUGACCAUAAGCAAGCUCAGCGAAAAAACUACAAAUAAAACGCUAGUUAAAACUAAUACGAUUCAAAAAACCGAAACGGUAACGAAAAAAAACGUGACAUUGGAAAAGACAAAGGUCGUUGCUACCAAACACGUUAAGGUUACCACGCAAACGUUGAAAACGGCACUCAGACCAAAGAUCAAAUCCAAAAUGUGCUUGAGGAGCUUUAGGGGACGUCUCGUGCAGAAAGAGCUGCCCCUCAAGGGCCGCAGGCGCAUUAUAUCGGGACAAGAGAACGUUGGGGCCGCGACAACAGACGAAAGAAAGAAAUGCAAGAACGAAGAAACUGAUAAAUCAAGUAAAACAAGCAUAAGGGAGCAAUUGAAGAAAAAUGACAAGAAAGAACUGCUCUCUAGGGUGACGAGGUCUGGCAGCCUUAACAUAAUGCCUCCCAAUCUUUCUAGGCAGAAAAUCAAAAAGCGGAUUCUCCUAUCCUCGACCAAUUCGGUGGUAAAACCGAAACUACGGUCAACGACCCUCAAAAAAACCGUUAUAUCGCAAAGGAGGGCCAAACAAAGGCUCAGCAUAAAAAGGGGAUCGAGGGAACUCAAAGAGAGCGAAAUACUCGUGCAAAAGUUCCAGAUGAAAAGGCCGGACGUUGUAAAAAAAUCAUCCAACAAGUCUGAAGCGGCUAGCAAAACGACGACAAAACCUGAAUCAAAACAAUCGGAAAAUGUUAUAAAAAAGGAAAUAAGAAAAAACGUUAAUAUAAAAAAAUUCGUAAACACGAAAACGGAAGAUGUGGAGAUCAAGAAAAACAUCGACAUUAAAAAGAUUAGCGAAACGACUUCGGAAAUAGGCAAGGAUCAAAAAAUUAAAAAAGAAAUAAACAAGGUGGUGGAAACGUCAAGGAAGGUGAUAACGAAGAAAAGCGAAGACAAAAGUGUCAGCGAAGCAAAGCACCAUUUUACGAGAAACGCGCCAAACCCAGAAAAGAGAAUGCAAGAAACGAAGAAAAACAAGGAAGAAAGCAAGCUUAAAUCGACGCGGGCGAAAAGUUCGCCAGAAAUAAGGCUUAAAAAGGAGGUGAGGAAAGAAGAAGAGAAAAAGAUGAAGAAAAAGAAUGAAAAAAUUUUGCAACCCAGGCAGACGAAAGCGGAAACCGAAAAGAAAACCAAAGAAGUUGAUUCGAAAGAGUUGAAAAUCGAAAAAGCGCCAAAGAAGGCCAAAGAGGUGAAAUCCAAAAAGCCGCACGAGGACGUGGUUAUUAAAGAGAACAUUAAACUAGAAAACAAGGAAGACAUCAAGGAAGAUGAAAAACUCCAAACACUUUCCAAAGCACUCAAGCAAGAUGAAAGUAAUAAAGAGUUGAAAUCCAAACUAAAUAAAAUUGAAGAUCACGAAGCAAACUCCCAGAAGAAUUGCCGACCUACGAGGAAAACCAAAGAGGCCGCCGCCAUUUAUAUGGAAAUUUUGAGCCACAAAUUGGUAAACGAGGGCAAGAUCGACGACGAUAAUGUCUCGAUCGACAGCUUUCCCGAACUGCCGAACGUCAAGAAGACGGAGCAGAGGGAAAACGAGCUUAAGAAGGCACAAGCCAAGACUAAAGAUCCAGAUAUAGAAGAACCCAAAAAUGCUGAAAAAAUGAGAAACGACAAAGACAGGAUUAAAAAGGAAUUGGGAAAAGAAAAAAUUGACAAACCGCAAGACAUUGAAAUUGAAUUGAAGAAAUGUGAGAAUAAAACAGAAAAAUGUGAGAAUGCGGCGGAAAAAAAUGUCGAAGAGAAAAAGGCACAACCCUUGUCCGGCAACAAGAAAGCAGCAAUUGAGAAUUCGGAUUCAGACUCGGACGAUGAAGUGUUGCAGGAGAAAAUCAGGAGGAUAGCGGCGAGUCAAGAAGAGUCGGUUAAAUCGUCUCCUUUGAGGAGACCGACACGUGCCGUAGUUGCGAAAUCGGAAGACUCGGAUGCGUCUUUCCACAUAGAUAUUAAAGUGCCGAGGAAGAAGAAAUUGACGAGGAGCAAAACGAAAGCACCAGAGAAAACACCACAUACGUCACCCGACCCUCCAAAAGUUGAACCGCAGGUGUCGAAACUGAAGGAAUCCAGCUCCGACGAGUCCACGACCUCAGAUAUUAACCUCAAGAGCCUUCAAGUGAAGCAAAAGAAUAAGAAAUUGUCCAAAACGAAGUCUUCAAAGAAAUCCAGCGUGGAGUUCAGCGAUUCGGACGAGGAACCGCUGUCCAAAUUGACCACCAAAAGCGUCAAAUCUUGUAUCGUCGGUCAGAAGCAGGGGGAAGCCAAGACUAUGACAGAAAUUAAAGAGGUAAAACCCAAACGAGAGUGCGCCAAGCGACCUCAAAACUAUCUCCCGAUGUUGUCUUCUUCCGAAGACGAAGACGAACCCUAUUUCCACGGCUUCAGCACCGUAAAAGAAGAAAUCAAAAAGCCGAAAACGUUCGUCGACGCGGUGGUCCCCUCCUUGGACCUUUUGGCUAAAGAUACGGGCCGGAAAGCAAAAGUGAACAUGUCCAACGAGCAGAUCGAGCAGUGGCUCAAGGAUUCGGCGCUCGCCGGUAGCGGCAUCGCGAAAGAGAACGACGCCAUGCUUAAAUUCGGGGAAACGAUUCCCAUGGAUCUCGAGGCUGUUCCCGAUACGUCAAUGUACGAAGAAACGAAAAACAAGGAAAGUAUUCCCGAAUCGGAAAUCGUCCAAACAAAGUCCGAGCCAAAAUCGGACAUAAAAUCGUCUGUGGCGGAUCGCAAACUAAUUUUUAAAAAGGAUAAAAAGGAUAGCGGCCCGAAUCUGAACGCGUUUUCGCCCGAAAACGAAUGCAGCGUCUACGCUUUUGGCGAGGACGCCGAGGACAUAAUCAGCACUCCUUUUAGGAGACCCUCGAGACGGCCGUCCAGUACCGCGACGUCCAGGUCCGAAGACGAGUCCUCCAAAUACGACGAAACGCCAAAGCCAGGCCAGUUCCGCAAGCCGAAAUCCCAAAACGAGUCCCACGACGAGUUUAGAUUCUUCAACGUGCCGCAGAAUCCGUCUUCGAAGAUACCCAAACCUCUUAAAGGCGACUCGGUACCCCUACCGCCUAGCUUUCAAAGCAAGAGGCCUCCGAAACUCGCGAUCGACAAAUUCCCAGAGCCGUUCGACGAUAAAUACAAAAUUCCGAGCUCGCCGAGCGCGAGUAGCAGCAGCAGCGCGAAGCUGUACAAGAAAGCCGCCCAAAAAUCCAAAAAGAUGCCGCCGGACGUCGCGACCCCCGUUUACGUUUCGGAUUUUCCCAGGGGUUCGGAGCCGGGCAUGCUGGUCGAGGCUCCCGUGUUUCAUCCCACCGAUCAGGAGUUCCAGGACCCGUUGGAGUACAUCGAACGAAUCAGGCACAAAGCGGAGCAAUUCGGCAUUUGCAAGAUCGUCCCGCCGACGAGUUUCAAGCCCGAGUGCAAAGUGAGCGACGAGAUGCGCUUCACCGCCUACAACCAGUACAUACACAAGAUGUUGCACAGGUGGGGGCCGAAUUUCAAAGAGUUCAUGGCGAUCAGGAAGUAUCUGGCCACCCAGAACAUCACGCUGAAACAUCCUCCAUGGAUUGGAGGUAUGGAGGUGGACCUGCCGCGUCUCUACCAGACCGUGCAGAGUCUCGGGGGCUUGAAGGAAGUGAUCGAGAAGAAGAGGUGGCCGAAGGUGUCAGAAUGCAUGAAGAUACCGAAAUCGGCGCAGGACCGCGUGACCAAACUGGACGAUAUUUAUUGCAAGUACCUUUUGCCUUACGACACGUUGUCGCCUGCGGAACGGGAGAAGCUCUUCGACGAGGUGGAGACUGAGUGGGCGAAGCGCGAGUCCAAGGGACUACUCAAGGCAGAGGAAACGGUGGGAGAGGGGCCAGAAGCGCCGGACGACGAGUACGAGUCGGACGACGAGAUCGAAGAGUGCAUAGUUAAGGGCCGCAACAUGGCCUUGAACGCUUUCUACAGGGUGGCCCGUAAUACGAUGUCGAUGCACUUUAAGAAUACCGAACCCAACGCACAAGAGGUGGAGCAAGAGUUUUGGAAGUACGUGAUCCAAAAACAGAACCACAUCUGCGUCCAUUCGGCGUCGAUAGAUUGCGGCAGUUGGGGCUAUGGAUUUGCCGUGUCGAAAAACAGCCCGUUCGCGCGUCACGCGUGGAACCUCAAAGUCUUGACGAACAACGGCAAUUCGGUUCUGCGGUCGUUGGGUCCGGUGAUGGGCGUGACGGUGCCAACCCUGCACGUCGGCAUGGUGUUUAGCGCGUGCUGCUGGUACCGGGAUCCGCACGGACUGCCGUGGAUCGAAUACUUGCACACUGGCGGCAACAAAAUAUGGUACGGGGUGCCGAAUUCGUCCUGCGACCAGUUCCACGCCGCGCUCAAACGCCUCGUGCCCAACUAUUGCCAGAACAAGGAGCUGUGGUUGCCGUCCGACACAGUGAUGGUGCCGCCCAACCUUCUCAUGGAGAAUAACGUAUCGUUGUGCAGGGCGGUUCAAGAACCGGGUCAGUUCGUGGUGGUGUUUCCUAAAGUGUUCACGUCAAGCAUCAGCACCGGUUACGUCGUCUCGGAAAGCGUCUACUUCGCGCCGCUCUACUGGCUCAAAACCGCUCAAAGCUUGUUCGACGACUUGAAAAGUAGCUGCGAGCCGUCGAUGUUCUCGCUCGCCAAGCUUCUGCUGAGCAUCGCGUCGGACACCAAGUCAAGCACUGAAGUGUUGAAGCUCAUCUUGCCCCACAUCGAGGAGCUGCGCGAGCGGGAGAAGGUCGAGCGCGCAAGAAUUCGCGGUUUCGGCAACGUGGAAGAGGAAAAAAUGGCAGCGCCCGAGUCCGGUUGCAAAAAGAAGAAGAAACCGCACCCGAGCACCGACGAGAACGAGUUUGAGUGCGACGUGUGCAGGAUGAACCUGUUUGUGUCCAUGAUGAUGGACGUGCAAAACGACUUGGCUUACUGCCUCGAGCACGCUGCCGAGCUGCUGGAGAAGGACGCAAAACUGGCAGAGUCGUUUAGAUUGAGGUACGCGUACGAAGAGCGCGAACUGGAGGGCGUGGUCGAGAGAAUCAAUGCCGCGAUCGAUGCGAAGCUGCAGAAGAAGGUGCCGAAUAAGUACGCGGGUAUGCCGACUUUGCUGACAAAAUAAAGAACAUUUGACCUACGCCAGAUGUAUCAAGCUUUAGCUGUGAUUGGUUUGUGUGGGAGGCUUCUGACGGUCGGCUUUUUGGGAGUGCCGUUCGUCCGUCAAAAGCCGUUCACCGAGUGUAAAUUUUGCUUUCGGAUUAUUAACGCGGUUGGUAAUUGUAAAAAAUUUGUUGUUUAGUUUGUGUAAAUAAAAAGUCCGAUGGUGAUUGGG